CGGGUUUCGAUCCUUCGUAACUGUUGCGUGUCCCAGAGGACAGACUGAGGAAGCCGAAGCCAAAGCCGGAGCUGGAGAGUGCAGGUGGCAUGCGCAGUCUGGCUGUUGUUCGAGCCAAGUUGCUCUUAACGUUGGCUACAAAAGCCCCGAGCUGAGGCCAACUUUGGCAUUCGUUGCUAGCCAGCUGAAGCGAUUUGUUGUGGUCAAGUGGAAAGUGAGUGGAAAAUCGGUGAAAUAGAGCCCAGAAAAUCGGGAAAUGCCCAACGUGGGACGACCGGAUGCAGGCGUGCGUGACAAUUAAAAAUUAAAAGCGAGUGCAUAAGCCCGGAGGCAGUUGGUCAGACAGUCGUCGGACCAUGUUCUUUCGUCGCAUUUUGGAACGCAAGGACAGCAGCGGUAAUGCGCCGCCGCUGCCUAUGACUACGGCGGAUUACAACAGCGAGGACAGCGAGAGUGUCACUUACUUUGGCAGUAAAGUCAAGGACAGCAAUAACAACCAGGCGGCAGUGUCCGUGUCGGCCAUGCAGCAGCGCCUGCGAGCGGAGGCAGCCCCAAUUGGAGCUGUCCAACUGACGCCGCUGUGGGAGCACGUUCUCCGCACCCGCCGCCUGCCGGAAACCAUUUGCUCGAGCUCCAUGUUCGCCGAGUUCCACGAGCGCCUGCAGGACCCCGAGUGGCAGGUGCGCCAGCACGCCCUGCGCGUCCUCGUCGACGUGCUGGUGGUGAUGCAAGACGAGGCCGACGAGCACAUGGAGCGGCAGCAACUCGUCGUCCUGCUGGUGGAGAAUUUGGGCCAUCAGGCUCCGACUGUACGCAAGGGAGCCCUCGACUGUCUGCGGGUCUAUCUCGCCGAGACCGCUCAGCCCGAGGCGGUCAUAACGAGAAUUCUGGACGCCGGCCUGGCCAAGCAGACGCAAAUGGAGGCGGAGCACCCGGGUCGUCUUAGUUGUGGCGUUCUGCUAUCCCUUCCAGCGCUCCUUCAGUCCGUCAUGCACACCCCGCAGCGACACCGAAUCGUUAAGAAGGCUUUGGAGCGGGUUGUCCAGCACUUGGACCAACUGGCCCAGCAGGAAAUCGCCCUGAAGGUGCUCUCCAAGAUGCGGGAGUUACUAGGAGUCCACGAAUUCGAGGACACUAUGAAUAAACUGGAUCGCAGCGAUGCCCUUGCCAAGUACUAUCAGCUGUGUCAGGUGUACGGCGUAUCCGGAAAGCCCAAGAGAUCUGAGGGUUCGGGAAAGACGGGAGCCUGGCGCGCCCUGCCUCGUGACCAGAGCUGGAGGAACACCAGCGGCGCUGCCCAGAACGUGGACAGUGCACAUCCCUGCCCCGACAAGGGAAAGGUCAUUAUGGAGACGGAGAUCAAAAUCAACGAUGACACUGUGACCAUGCGUCUCCUCGAAGCGGACACCGAGACGGAGGAGUCCGAUAGCCCAGCCCGGACAUAUGCCAAGGAUGGGGAGUCAACGGAUUUGGUGUGCCGGCCUUUGGUCAACCAAGGACUCAGUGUGCAGGCAGGAAUUGUCCAGGUGAUAAGUGACUCAGAAUUGGAUGAACCCCGGCCUGGGCAUCGUGAGAGCGUGUCGGAGCCCAGCACUCCCUCUCGGGGACUAAAGAGAGUGACCUUUGGAGGGGAGAUAGUGAAGAUGAGGACUCCCGACAGUGACGCCGCCUCGUCCACGAAUAACUCCAGAAGCGCCGCUGAGAGUGCACCCAUUCUGGUCCUGGGGGAUACAUCGCACUCUCCCGUUGAGGAGCAGCCAGCUGUGAACAUCCUUAGCCCCGCCAGCGACAGCGACAUGGCCACGGCUCUCGUCGUGGAGAUACCUUCCGAUAACACCAAGCCCUUGCCUCCGCCACGACCCUUCAGCUCACACAGUUCACCAAGGCGGCAGGGAUCCAGUGUUUCCAGGGAUCACGAGCCUUCGGCAGGGAGUCCGCGCAAGCGACAGGAGUCGGAGGGAAAACCCUCCACAUCGCCACGAUCUCCUGUUUACAACCGCAGCCGCAGCACCAGUCCCUCUGGGAGCAACAACAUUAGCCCCAAGGUGCCGCACAAGCAGAUCGAGGUGCUGCACAACCUCCAGCGGGAUCCCUCGCCAAGAUCACAGAGGCGUUCGGAGGACAUGGACGAGGCGGAGACUCAGCUGCCCACCAUGGUACCCUUAUCCCCCUCACCAACUCUACCCACACAUAGAACUCGCUCGGACUCUGUGAUGUCCGCCGAGUCGCCGGCCACGCCCAAGUCCUGGGAGGACCUCGGCAUUGUCAACUACAAGACGCUGAUGGACCUACGUUCCGGGGAUUGGCGCAAUCGUCUGCUGGGCAUCGCCCAACUGGAGCUGGCCCUCAGCUCCUCGAGCACUUUGGCUUUGGUCCAACCAUAUCUGGACAGUCUGCUGCGGACCCUGCUCUCAUCGGAGCGGCACUUUGAGGUGGCGGAGCUGAAGCGGGAGCUGCUGGUGAACCUGAUCACUCGCCUGCCGCUGGACAACUUGGAGGAGCGGACGCCCCAGAUCCUCACCGGACUGUGCCGGCAGGGGAAUGCGGGAGCCAAUCGAGUGUGCAAGGCGCUGAUGCAGCGCCUGCCGGCGGGCACCAUUGUGGCCAAGCUCACGGCUCCGGAGUUUCUGCACGCGAAGAGCUCAAAGUUUCGGGACCACGCCCUGCAAAUGUCCAUCUUCGCCCUGAUGACCUUUCCUGGGACCUGCUUCGACAUCAACCUGCUGACAGCUCAGGCGGUCUACUCCCUGCUCAACCGCAAGCGGCGUGUGCGCCAGGCCGCUCUGGAGGUCCUUGCCGUCCUGUCGGACAUCUCCUCCAAGAAGGAGGUUCUCACCAUUGUCUCGGACAUGGCCCAGAGUGUGGAUCUUGGGCCACUCAUGCUGGAUGCGGCUAGUGUGCGCCUCUCCCGCCUCCAGCUGCCCAUAGUUACGCCCGAAAGUGCUGUCCUGUUCGUCUUCAACCAGACCGACCAGCCGGGGAUCAGGAGAUCGGGAGCGGACGUGGACUGGAUUUGCCAGGGCGAGGGAUCCGCCUCCCCCAACACCAUUAAGAGGCGUCGGAUGCGGGCGGCGAGCAGCCAACGUGGGGUCCAGGAAAGUGCCGGUGGGAAGGACAAGAAGGAUAUGUUUCCGAGCUUCAGCCAAGUCAAUGAGAGCUUGUAUCGCCACUCCUUUCACUCGCCGCCUGAAACCUUGGACAUAACUAGCCCAACAGCAACAGACUUUUCACAGAGACUAAGUUUUGGUGCUAAGACUAUCAACGGAAACCACACAAACUUUCUGGAUCGCCGCCUGGUGGCCAAGGCCUGCUCAGACACUUCGAUGGAUGGUCGAAGCACUGACAGCACGACCACCACCUGUAGCAGUGGAAGCGCCACAAGCAGCUUCGUUCAGUUGACAUCUCGUCACGUACCAGGAUUAAAUUCCCGAUUUCCCGCCAUGAACCAGCACACGGACUUUGAGAACAACUUGAUGCGCAGCAUGCAGCGGAACACCUAUCCCUACACCGCUUUCCCAAAGGUCAUUGCGAAGGCCCAGCACCAGCAUCGCAGCAAGCUGCAGCACCAGAACUCCUUCACUGUGGCAAAGAACGCCGCACCAGCUCCAGGCUUAUCAAGCGAGGAACCCAGGAGACAGCUUUCCACCAAGGAUAACGAGUGCGCCGACUCCGCUAAAUCAGUCGACAGGGAACCAACGGCAAAAGGAGCGACAGCGGUCAAAGACACCACGGACGGCGAUGGCUCCCCUCUCUCUGUAAAGUCUACCAGCUACUCGCAAAAAUCAACAGCGUCGGCCAAGUCCUGUGACAGUCAUGGCAUCGAGAUGGGUCCCAGCGAGCGGCUGGAGGCAGGGUCGGAAGUGCUCAACCCCGAGCGGAAUCCCCUGGAAGCGUUUGGAGAAUUGGUUGUGGAUGACAUCGAGGAGGAGGAGACCGAACCAGAACCGGCUGUCCAGGAGGAUGCACUCAAGCGCCAGGGAAGCGUGAACAGCCUGCACAGCAAGACGGAGAGCAUUAAGACGCAGCUGGAGGACACCACGCCGCAGUUGUCGCGAGCUCAGUCCGUCAAAUCCCUGCCCAUCGAGGAGGACAUCGAGGAAAGCAACAGCUUCGUGGUUGUCGAGGAAGUGCAGCACGAGCUAGAGUCGACGCCGCCGGAGACCACACCUGUGAGACAGCUGCAAGAGGAGCCGGUGGCCUCCAGGGAAGUGGAAUCUCCCGAAAGGCGUCCCAAGCCCAUAAUCUCGCAUGACGACAUAGUGAUUCAUUCUCGCUGCGUUUCCCUGGAAUCGCUGUACGCACCUCGACCAGCCUCGAAGCAGGGUUCGCUGGACACUAGCACCAGCACCACCACAGAAUCUGGCUCCCAGGUGAUGGCCAGCGUCGCUGGCAAGAACCAGCAGCACACGCCGCUGAAGCAAAAGUCCAAGACAGCGUACUUCCUGCGCGGACGACGACGCGUCUCGCCGGUGAAGCAGGCCAUCAAGAUGUCCCAGGCGGAGCUCUUUCCGCAGAACAUGGCGCGAUUCGAGAAGCCGCGCGAUGCCCUGCUAAAGACCUUCGACGAGCUGGACUCUAGCAACUGGGAGCAGAACGUGGCCGGGCUGAAGAGCAUGGUGCGUCUGAUCCGCUAUCACGGCGACACUCUGGACAAUCAGAUGCACAUGACCUGCAUCCAGCUGACCCGCUCGGUGCGCAAUCUACGCUCCCAGGUGGCCCGCGCCUCCUGCCAAGCAGCGUCCGAACUCUUCUCCUUGAAGUCCUCAAGUCUACAGCAGGAGUGCGACGACUUGGUUUGUGCCUUGCUCCACCGCACGGCCGACACAAAUCGAUUUCUGCGCGCUGACGCCACACGUGCCUUGGAGUCGAUGGUGGAUCAUGCCCAGCCUGCCAAGAUCUUGAAUAUACUGGCUUCGAAGGGAGCCCAGCACCAGCAUGCCUUGGUACGCACCACCACGGCCAAGCUGCUCUUCCGGUUGGUGGAGCGACUAGGCAGCGAUCGGGUGUACGCCAUGGGCAGGGAGAACCGCGACAAGUUCUUCGUGGUGGGGGCCAAUCUGCUGCUAGAGGGCAGUCUGGAAACGCGCAGCUACGCCAAGUCCUUGUUCCGCGUCUUGUCCGAGCACCAAGCAUAUCAGCGUCUGCUGUUGGAGGUGAUACCGCCGCGCACGUACCGGAAUGUGGAGAAAACGCUGAGGGGAAUCACGCGCUAAGUGGAUCCCCUCGAGCCCGCUCAAUAUGUGUACAGCUUAGGUAUAAUUAAGGCGCACAUUCUCUCGAUUAGAUUCAUAGAAAUAGACGUGCAUGAGGUGGUGGAGUACCAUAGUUUUAGGCGGCUAAUCGACAUUUCUAACUAGGAGUUCUUAAGCUAAUCUCGUAAAGACUAAUAAAACCUUGUUACAACGUA